AACUGGAGCCGGGCUCAUUCACAGGAAUGUACACAUUUUAUUUACAUUGACUGCAGUGGUCAGUGAAUUAACGGACAUUGAAUGCAACACGUUGAGCAGUAAAGGAAGGCAGAAUGGCAGGUCUGUGGAGAUCCUACCAGGCCUUGAUGAGCAAAUACCCCUGGACGGUGCAGAUAGUGACCGCUGGAUCUCUAGUGGGAGUCGGUGAUGUCCUCUCCCAGCAGCUGAUUGAGAGGAGGGGGUUGGCUCAUCACAACGUGCAACGGACGGCUAAGAUGAUGAGCAUUGGGUUCUUUUUCGUGGGUCCAGUCAUCGGCAGCUGGUACAAAGUUUUGGACAGGCUGGUGGUUGGAGGAACAAAAAGUGCUGCUAUGAAGAAGAUGCUGGUUGACCAGGUGUGUUUCGCUCCGUGCUUCCUGGGAGCUUUCCUCUGCAUCUCUGGUGCUCUGAACGGACUGACGGUGGACCAGAACAUCGCCAAGCUCAAGAGGGACUACACAGAUGCACUGAUCUCUAAUUACUAUCUUUGGCCUCCAGUCCAAAUUGCCAACUUCUACUUCAUUCCCCUCCACCACAGGCUGGCCGUCGUCCAGGUCGUUGCUGUUGCUUGGAACUCCUACCUGACCUGGAAGGCCAAUAAGAUGUGAAGGAUGAUCACAAGUCCGGACUGUGCUGUUGUUGCUGAUGAUGAAGAAUUUACACUCAUUUGUAGUGCUUGUGUGUGUGACAUGGACCUAACUUACUUGAGGCCACUUAGUCUUGUGGUAUUUCCAAUGUGUAAAGCUGUGACUGAGUCACACGUAAAGGUCGGGAGAAAGCGCUUGUCUGCUCUGAAUGACAAAUUCACACUUGAAAGUCAAACUUGCAUUUGCAGAAAUGUCUGUGAAAGUUUGUUAUUUAUGGAAAUGGGAUUUGGCAGUGGUGCUGACACACACACACACACACACACACACACACACACACACACACACACAGAGAUACAUUAACACCUACUGGUUGCAAAUGAAACUUCGAUUACAUGUUUACCGUAUUGAAAUGAUUGUGGAGGAGGUCAGAGGUUAUCAUGUUCUGUCUUAUAAUGAAGAAAAAUUCUCCUCAUUCACUGCUUUAGUCUGAUUUUAACUGAAAUGUUUGUUUUCUUUACUUUCUCCUCACCUGAAUCACCGAAAUACUUUGACUUUAGUUAGUUUUCUGCAUUUGACAAUCCUCAGGAAAGGCUUUUUGUAAUGGUACUGUGAAAAUUGUCUUGGUCAUGAAACUUACAGUCUUUACCUAUAUUAUACCAUUUAUUUU